AUGAGGAGGCUCGCAUUGGUGACAAACAUGUUCGUUCGAAAUAUUUGUUCGCUCUCAAAAUCGCUCUUUUAUCAUUACAAUACAAUGGCUAGUAAAACUAAUUCUAUUAUCGGAGAACCUGUCCCAAGGGUUACGAGAAGUGCCAUCAAAAGAAAAUUAAGCUCAUCUGUUGAGCAAAGCGCUGCCUUAUCGACAGAUAAUUUCUCCAAAGAAUCUGAAACACUGAAAACACCUAAAAAAAUUUCUGUUGUCAAAGCAGAAUCGAAAGGUAAUGAGAAUUCAUUUCCUUUUACUGAUGAAGAUAAGCCAUAUAAGAAAGAAAAACCCACUGAAGAAGAAACUUGUGAUCCGGAUUCCGGCUUGGCAAAUUCAAAAUCAAAAAGUAGAAAGGCCAGGAGUGAAGGAUCAGCCCACAAAGAUUUAAAGGGAAAUGGAAAACUUUCUAAAGUUAUAAAGGAAAAAGCCAAAAAAUCAGCAAAAACAGCUUCAGAAACAAGUGUGACAAAAAGUACUGUUCCCAAACCAGAGAUGGUAAUUCCUGAAAUUGUAAUCCCGAUUAACAAGCCAUCCAUCAAGCGAGAAGAUGGACCUAGCCCAUGGAAUGGAACAAUCAAGUAUGAUAACAAAAUUUUUUUAGGUGCCCACAUCUCAGCAGCAGGUGGAUUGGAAAAUGCCAUAAAAAAUGCUAUGAAUAUAGGUGCUUCAAGUUUUGCUUUGUUUGUGAAAAAUCAGCGUCAGUGGGUUUCAAAACCAAUGGAAAAUGGUACUGUCGAGCGUUUCAAAGCUGCUUGUGCUGAAAACAAUUUUUCUCCUCAUCUCAUACUGCCGCACGGCUCCUAUUUGAUGAACUGUGGUAGCAACGAUCCCACUGUUUUAGCUAAAAGCAGAGCAAACCUGCUUGAUGAGGUCCAGAGAUGUGAACGACUUGGUAUAUUGUACUACAACAUCCAUCCAGGAUCGAGCUGUGGAAAAGGUUCACGUGAGGAAGCUAUUAAAUCCAUUAGUGAUAGCAUCAAUUGGGUGCACGAUCAAACACCAGGUUCAAAAGUCAGUAUUGUCCUGGAGAACAUGUGUCGUCAGGGUUUCACAAUCGGAGGCGAUUUUUCUGAUUUGGCUGAAAUCAUCCAGCAAGUCUUUGACCACUCAAGAAUAGGAGUUUGCCUCGAUACGUGUCAUGCGUUAGCCGCAGGAUAUGAUCUGGCGACUCGUCAAGGAUUCGACUCAUUCCUGGAGGAGUUUGAGCGCGUUAUUGGUUUCCGUUAUCUUGUCGCUGUACAUCUCAACGAUUCUGAAGGUGAGGUGGGAUGUCAUCGCGAUCGCCACGCAUCCAUUGGCAAAGGAAAAAUUGGCAUUGAAGGCUUCCGAAGAAUUAUUAAUUGCCCUCGAUUUCGUGAUAUUCCCGUGGUACUAGAAACCCCCUUCAUCAGCGAUGAUCACUACAAACAGGAAAUCUUACUAUUGAAAUCUCUUGCGCAAUCUGGUACGAUUUGCGCCUGAAUACCAAAUCGCGUCUGCUUAUCUCGGAUUUCCAUCACCCAGGAAAGUGGGAUUUCCAGUAACGACAUUCUAAAGGGAUAAACCUCUCGAUGCCAAAGGUUCUUGACUUUUGACGUAAAUAUUGAACUUCUGAUUCGUCCUUGCCUAAUUGGGUUUUCCCUAAGGCGUCGUACUUUGCGUUUGGCCUGGAAUUCUUUUUAAACAAUUGAAAAUUUUGUAUUUAUUUAGUAGAUCUACGUUUUAUUAUUUGCGUUCAUCGGAAUCAGGCUUUUAAGGUUACGAGAUUUCUUCUUUCCGUUUUGGGGAGGUCUGGAGAUCAAAUGGAUCCAAGAGGUUUAAAGUAAAGCCCUUGUCGACAAUAGAGCGUUUUUCUGUGUUUUCACAUUAUGUAGAUGUACGGAGUACUCGAGUACUUACGUAAAAGUGGUCAAGCAACCUUGAAAUAUUGCUCAAGAAACCAGAAAGACGAACAGUAAAAUUUCGGGUUGCCUAACCACAUUAGCGUAGUUGCGUAAAGAUACCGUGUACGACGCAAAAAAAAAGACAUGCACCUGCGGAGGAACUUUUGAGACACUUAAUCAAAGUUCUGGUCACAAAUAAUGGAUCGUAUUGUAAUAUUCUUCUGAGACAUCCUUUUUUGGAUUCGUUGGGCGUUGUAGUUGGUUUCGAUCAGUCCAAUGCCCGCACCUUAACCAUAAAUCUUUAAUUGGAGAAAGUCUGGUCAAUCUGCCUAAAGCUUUUUCUAAACUGCUAUUUUAAAAAAGGAAAAAGAAAACCUGUUCCAUGGCUUCUGUGCUGACCUGGUUUACGCAUUUUGCAUAAACGGUUUGAUUUUUGUUUUAGCGCGCACAACAAGGUUCGUAAGCCGGGGAAUUCCAAUUUGCGUGAUGGCAAUUUGCAUCCAACGAAUAUUGUCCAAUAUUUCAACUUGAUUACCAGCAUGAUUUUUUUGUUGUUGUAUACAAUAGAAGGGGGAUAAAGUGAAGUGCUUAUCUGCACCUACAUCACUCUGUGAAUGAACUUGUUAUUCCGUUUAUGCGUGGGAUUAUACAAACAAAGAAACGCG